AUGAAUGACAAACUAGUGCCUGUGUAUUCUUCAUCAUUUAAAAAAAGCAGUCCUUUUUCCGAAUCUCCUCUUAGAGGCUGUGAUAGUUUUCAACCUUCAGCUCUCAGUUUCACCACUAUUGGGGAUACAAACCUCCACAACUCAAAUGAUUCGUUCAAGAAGACCUAUGUGUCACCUGAGCUCAGUGUUGCGCCACGUCCUGCCAAUGACACAUUUAGCACUUCUCACUCUCGCCCUCAACUCCAAUUACGUCCUCUGACAGACAAUUUUACAACUGUCAAAUCACAUUUCACUUCAGGGCUAGAUCCGGCUUUUACUCAGCCCAAUAUCCCUAGCUCCCUCUCUAGCCCGACCUCCAAAUCGGAUGUGGAAGCGUCGUGUAGAUCCCUUUUGCUAACCUUUCUGAUGCGUCAAGUGGCAAUCAGCCCUGGGGAGACGAGCCGUCAAAAAGCUGUUGUCGCCGAGGCCCUGGCUUACCUUGGACAGGCCGAACUUCUACGGACAGAUUGGGAUUCUUGGCAGCCGCCAAGAUUCCCUGUUACUGGUCUGAAUCUUACCCAGACAUGGAAUAUCAAGCCUGGCCGCCAAAUGGGCCGAGUGCUGGCUGCACUGCGCCUACGCUGGGCUGACUCCGACUUCCAGCUCACUCGAGACGAGCUGCUUUCAGAAAAAUUCAGACUGAGCUUGAUUGAGGAAGAUAUACUUGUCGAAGCUAAUGAAACUUGUACCAAAGCCAAACGGAAGAAAUAA